AUAAAAACCGUGACAUUUAAAUUUAUAUCAAUUAAUUCAUUGGGUGUCCCAUUGUCAUUAGGCAACCAUCCAACUGUUCAGCUGUUUUGGCAGCUUUGUACGUAUUGCACUGACCGCCCAUUGCCCAUUCCGACGAGUGAACAUUUAGCCAGAGGAAAAGAGUGGAAAUAUUGGGUCACUUCUCGUCACUUGAAUACAUCUUGGAGUUUGGAGUUUAAACCAACAACAGAAAAUACCCUUCGAAAAUGUCGUCGCUCACUAAAGGAAUAUUUAUCGUCGCUGCCAAGCGCACUCCUUUUGGCACUUAUGGAGGCAAAUUUGUGAACAAGAGUGCCGCUGAUCUCCAGGAAGUAGCUGCCAAGGCUGCCCUGGCCUCUGGCAACAUAAAGCCUGAUUCCAUCGAUCAUGUCAUUGUUGGAAACGUUCUUGGUGCCACCUCCACGGACUCGAUCUACUUGUCCAGACACGUGUCUAUUCGAGUUGGAAUCCCCAUUAACAAGCCAGCACUCACCGUUAACCGACUGUGUGGCUCUGGAUUCCAAUCGAUUGUCAAUGGAGCACAAAACAUUGUGCUUGGAGAUUCGUCUGUAGUUCUGACUGGCGGAGUCGAUAACAUGAGCCAGUCGCCCCACAUUGUGCGCGGAGUCCGCUUUGGAGUUCCUCUGGGCGUCUCACCCGUCCUUGAGGACUCUCUUUGGGCUGGUCUGACUGACUCGUACUGCAAGAUGCCCAUGGCCAUCACUGCCGAAAACUUGGCUGACAAGUACAAGAUCAGCAGAGAGGAAGUCGAGCAAUUCGCUCUCUCGUCCCAGUCCAAGUGGAAGAACGCCCACGACAAUGGCUACUUCAAGGAAGAAUUGGCCCCAGUCAGUGUAAAGGUCAAGGGCAAGGAAGUGAGCAUUGAUUUUGAUGAGCACCCCAAGCCUGCCACAACCAAAGAGGGUCUCGCAAAGCUCCCGUCCAUCUUCAAGAAAGGUGGUGUCGUCACUGCUGGAACUGCAUCUGGUGUUUGCGAUGGUGCUGGAGCCGUUGUCCUUGCCAGCGAGGAGGCUUGCUCCAAGCUAAACUUGAAGCCACUUGCUCGACUUGUGGGCUACAGUGUUGUUGGUGUCGAGCCAAGCAUCAUGGGCAUUGGCCCUGCUCCUGCUAUCAGCAUGCUCCUCGAAAAAGCCGGAAAAUCUCUCUCUGACAUUGACCUCAUUGAGAUCAAUGAAGCCUUUGGUGCCCAAACUCUUGCCUGUGCCAAAGAACUGAAACUGGACACAAGCAAGUUGAACGUGAAUGGAGGUGCCAUUGCCCUAGGUCACCCACUGGCUGCCUCUGGAUCAAGGAUUACUGCUCAUCUUGUUCAUGAACUCAGGAGAAGGAAGGCCAAGUUGGGAAUUGGAUCAGCCUGCAUUGGUGGCGGACAAGGCAUCGCCCUGCUCAUCGAGAGCAUUCACUAAAAUUUUGGAGCGUCGAAUAUAGUGUCUAAUUCAUGGUCAUGUUUUAAGACUGCAUGUUAUAUUUUCCACUUAUAUUUCUUGCGUGAGGCAAAUGCCCAUCUGAAAGUUAUAAUUUGCAAGGUGGAGGCCAAUUUUAAUAAAAUUUUCAAUAUGUUAUAUUUCUAAAUAAAAA